CAGAAUGAAAUACGCGUCUGUAAACUCAAAGUGUCCCUCGUACACGGAAAAACAUAUUUUAUAUGUUGGAGCACAUACCGGUUCAUUUAAACGAAUCGACGCAUAUGCCGACGAUCCAUUCAAACAGCUCAAUCUUCAACCGAUUGAUGUGUUGAACAAAACGUCCAAGAUUACCUGCAUGGAAUUCGGUAAUGCCGACCGGACCGAGUUACUGAUCGGGCGAACAAACCGUUGUGUGAAGGUAUUCAACUGUUCUAAAGAGGAAAGCAUAUCGAACUUCGAAAUUGGCACCAGCGAAGUGGUUGGUCUUGGGCGAAGCAAUGGAUGCAUUGUGGUUGGAUGUACUGAUGGAAUGGUACAGAUCGUGAAGUAUCCUGAACCGAUCAAAUUUAGUGUUGGCGAAAAUCUUUCCCGGUUACGGCUCUGUCCCGAGGAUGAGAAUCGAAUGGUUACCGGUGGAAAGCAAUUGAAGCAGAUCAUUAAACUCUGGGACUUGGAGACGCAAAAGGUUCUCUUCCAGGCUAAAAAUGUUAAGAAAGUGCUAGAAUUGGAGCAGCUCGUGUGGGACAAUGAUGUGGUAUUUGUAAACCGAAAUCUAAUCGCCGCCUGUUCCCGGCAUGGAUAUGUUCGUUUGUACGACACAAGAGGACCUGCGAGACGACCAGUUCAAGAUUUCACAUCAACCGAUCCUGAUGGUCAGCUCGCCUUCUCUUGUUUGGCAUCGCACGGAGAUUAUCUUUACGCUGGCACGACCACCUUUGGAGCGAGAGCAUUUGAUUUGCGACGAAUGAAAAAUCAUAUUCAUGUGUAUAAAGGAUUCAGCGGGACGGUUACAUCGAUUCGGGUUGAUCCGUCCGGAAACCACUUGUUUACGGGAUGUCUCGAUCGAUAUGUGCGUGUGCACCAUGCUCACAAAACGGCUUUAGAGUACCGAUGCUACGUAAAAUCGAAACCGACACAGGUUUUGGGAAUUGAAUGGAAAGAACGUACCGAAGAGAAAAAGCGCCAUGCGGACGACAUUACCAACGAUGAUAGUAUUCAGAUACUGUCGAAUGAUGAUGCAUCCGAUCCAGAAUACGAUGAAAUGUUUUCCAAAAUGGCAACGGUCAAGUAA